AUGGAUAAUAUAAAUUCAAGUUUGUGUCGAAUUUGUCUUCAGGAUGGAGCUACAUGGCCAAUAUUUGAUAAGUCUGAGACAGACCAAAAUGUAUAUAAAAAGUUAUCCAUGUGUUUACAAUGUGAAAAAAUUGAAGACUUAAGUGGAUUUCCUCGUUAUAUCUGUACAGCAUGCAAUACUACUUUAGAAAUAUUAUGCAAUUUUAUAAAUAAGUAUAGGGAGUCUAAUAAGAUAAUAGAAAAUGGCCUAAAAAUUGUUAAAAAAGAAAACAAGUUUGAUGAAGAAAAUGACAAUGAUUUGUCUGAAGUAGAAAUAGAAGGAAAAAAAGUAAAAUUGGAAUCUCAUGAUCACUUUGAUGAUUUGUUUGAUAACUUGGAAGAUGUGAAACCUUUAAAAAUACUAAAGCAAAUAAAAAAGGAACCAUUAAAAAAAGAAAGAAAGGCUAGAAGAGCCACAACACAAAGUGGAAUUCGGACUAAUAAAAUAGCUUCUUCUAUACUAGAAGGUAACUUUCUAUGGAAUGGAGAAAAAUGGUGUAUGAAAAUUGGACAGACUACAUUAAAAAAGAAAUCUAAAAACAUAGAACCAAGACCAAGACCACAGACAAAAGUUAAAGUGCCAACUGCAAAUAAGAAACCAGAGCAGAAGUUAUGCGACCUCUGUGGAGAUGUUUUUAAAGCUCAAGAUAAACUCAAUAUUCACAAGAAGAAAGUGCAUUUCAAGAACCCAGUGCAAUGUCCUAAAUGCCCUAGAGUUUGUGUAUCUGAUUAUUACUUAAAAAGGCAUAUGAAAAGAAAACAUGAGGCCUCUAGAGAUUUUAUUUGCUCUACGUGUGGCCAAGGCUUUGCUUAUAAAGGGGAGCUAACAAGUCAUUUUAGAAAUGUACACAAUAAACAUUUGAAGCCUAAGAAAAUGUAUUCUUGUAAAUUUUGUGAUAAGUCAUACAAGUGUCAAAAAUCUAUUUUGAUCCAUGAGAGGUCUGUUCACACGGGUCAGAGGCCCGCCCAAUGCAAUGUUUGUGGUAGCUGUUUCUUCCAUGAAGACUAUCUUAAAGAGCAUAUGAGACUGCACACAGGAGAAACGCCAUUUAAAUGUCCUAUUUGUGGAAGAGGAUAUGCUCAAAGGGGCAACAUGAAGAGCCAUCUAAGAAUACACAGGGUAUCAGAAUUAGACGCUAUCACACUAAGUAAAUUAAGGCCAAAUUAUUUGAAACUAUUGAAAAUGUAA